CUCCAGGGGAGCUGGUCUCUGUAGUCUGGGGAUCAGUUGUAGUUCUGGGAGAUCUUCAUGCCCCGCUAGAGAUUGCCAGCUCUAUGUUUGGUCUCUGACUUUUAGUGUACAGUCUGCUUAGUAAUGUAGAGUGUGGUGCUUCUGUCUCUUCCACAGUAUCAUUCUCACUGCCAGUUACCCUUGGACACACACCUCCCUUUAUCUGCAGCCGCUGUUGUGACAUUUUCCUUUUAGGCGAUUAGUAAUUGAUGUUGCUAAACUGACAGAGUGAAUCACCCCCUCUCCCUGUUGUAACUUGUACUCAGAUGGGAGAGCUCUGUAGUAAACCGGCACUUAGCUUGAUCUCUCUGGGCUGGGCCUCAGGAAGCAGUCACCUUCUGUUUUCAGAGUGACUGACUAAAAAAGCCUUUGCAAGCAAACCUACGGAAUGCUUUGGAAAAGAUACUGUAUUUCAGUGUGUUUGCUGUUCAUGGUGAUUAGGUAAAAGGGCUUUGCUAAUUACAUUUUAAUCAGCUUUAAACACAGUGAAGGGUGAUACAAAGUCAAGAGCCUGCCAGUUCAGAACUGCCAGAACUGAAUCCAAGGAAAGAUCAUGGGAAUUCUCUAUUCAGAGCCUAUUUGUCAAGCAGCGUACAAUAAUGACUUGAAUGAAGUUCAACUCCUUUUGGAUGAAGAUGGCCAUUAUUUGAACAUUCAGGACAGUUACGGUGGAGACACGCCACUGAUCUGUGCCUGCAAACAGGGACAUAACAGAAUAGUUAGCUACCUUCUGAAAAGAAACGCUGAUGUGAACAUCAAAAAUAAUAAAGAACGAACGUGUUUGCAUUAUGCUGUCAGAAAACGGUUCAACUACCUCGACUAUCUUCUCAUUGUCAUCCUAAUGCCUGUAUUACUUCUUGGGUAUCUUCUUAUGGUAUCCAAGAGUAAACAGAAUGAAAACCUUAUCAAGAUGUUACUGAGAGCUGGUGCAGAUGUCAAUGCUAAAGACAACUCAGGAAGAACAGCUCUUCACUAUGCCUGUGAAAUGAAGAACCAGUCCAUAAUUCCUCUGCUAGUUGAAGCAGGUGCUGAUCUUUCCAUAAAAGAUAAGGAUGAUGAAACACCACUGGAUAUAGCAAGAAGACUGAAGUUCAUUAACAUAGAAUCCAUAUUAAAGAAAGAAUGAUAGACUGUAAUAGGAUAUUGGCACGGUUGUUAGAAAAAAAUGCAACCUGCUUUGGAAAUUCAUUCUGAUAAGUGCCAUUUGGUCAACAUUUGAAGGUCACAAUGUUUACAGCAGCAAUAUAGCAAUAGACUGCAUUAAAUUUACUGCUGUGUAUCCAUUUGUGAUGUGAUUUUACCAGGAUGUGCUUUUUUUUACCAUUGAGAGGUAAUGCUUUUAUUAUUAUUUUUUACUCCAAUAAGGUAUUUGUAACAGUUUGACCAGUACUAUUUAUUUGAGUACUAUUUAAAACAAUCCAUCAAUAAAUUUUAUUUUUUAUUUAUUUGCAGAA